AUGCCGCCCAACGCAGUCCACGAGACAUGUCCUCCUUCUAAGCGGCAGAAGACGAACCACAUACCCUAUUCGACGCAUCUGUCGAUCGAAAAUACAGACAGAGAUUUUGAUCGCCGUCCUGAAUCUGGGAGGCGCGAAUGGAAGCACCGCCUCAUUCCUAAAACAAACUCGACCGAAUGGGGCGCUGGCCAGAAUGCCUCCGACCGGGCCGGGUUGGUCAGCGAGACAAAUGAGUACAACGAGCGUCUACUCCGCACAUACCACCGAUCGCUGUCGAAAUCCGAUGUGGUCCUGUUGGUCUCCUCACCAUUCGGCGAUCGCUUUUGGUCAGUGUCGCGAGACGCCGCCGAUAUCAAAGUCGGUGGGCUUUUCAUCCAUAUAACGCCUCUCGGGUACUAUCCGACAACCCAGCUCCUCAAAGCACCUAGAACUUUCUUUCCUCAGUUGACCAUCGAUGGAUACAUAAAUCCGCGGAAAUUCCUAACCGACGCCGACUUGCAUUCAUUACAAGCGCUCUUCCCUGAGUCAGUCGGUGCACGUAUCUUCAUCUCUGGCUUUCUUUGCAUCUUGUUUCCCACUGUUACGACACUGAAAAGAGCCAACUGUCUCGAAUUUCCACCAGAAAUCGGGGGCCUUCCAGUUUUGCUAGAUAUCGCAGAUUUUACACUGACGGCUCAAGAUGUUGAAUCAGGCGCAGCCCUUGCCGACGAAGAAGCUAAAUCAACCGCAUGUCUUGGCCUGAAAAUCCGCUUGCCCGAUGGAACCACCGCUCUCACCACGGUUACCCACGCCUUCAUUCCCAAUCCUUCAAGAUGCAAGUUUAACCUACGUAUUGCUGAUUGGAUAACCCGCGCAAUAAAUGCUCUCUCCCAAUUUAGAAACCCACUUCUGGGACAUGAAGCUCCCGCUUUCGGUAAAACACAUCAAAGCCGUACGGAUGACAUAAUUGGCAAAGAGCUUCGACUUUUCACCACGAACGCAGCGAUUGGGAAGAUCACCCGCUGUUAUGACAACCCGAGCCGCAUACUCCCAUAUCCAUCAGGAUACCAUCACGACCUUUCCUUGAUCCAGGGGAACGCCUUACCGGAUGUGAUGACCCCCCCUGGUUAUCCUCCGAUAUCCGAAUGGGCUCCCCACAGUGAAGUCCUCGCUGGAGCACCCCUCUACGCCACAGCGAUGAAUGCAAAAACUCAAAGAUGGAGGGUCAUAGAAGGUGAAAAGGUACCCUCAGUUGUUGAGAAUGCGGUGCUACUGGGGUCGCAAUACUUCUGGGAACGAGAGGCAUACCGAGCAGACGUUUCACUGUUAUGGAGAACGGUUGAUCAUGUUGACAGUGCCUCUGGAUACUCGGGUUCUGUUCUUUGCACCGGUGUACCCGGUGGCAGUGGCCAAGGAAAAGCUGCUCUAUUCCAGAAUUUCGAGGCAGGCCUUCGGGUCUGGAACAAUCCCCCGAUGUUCGCGAACAUAAAGGGAGGAUUUUUACUCCCUACAGAAAUCCGGAAUUCGGUCAUCGUGGCCCGUGACCCUCAACCGCAACCUCAAUACAACACUUUGCCCCAGCACAGCAGACUCUGGACUCAUGGACGCCGAAGUCUUUCAGGUCCCUAA